CAUCUUUCUGCGAAUUUCCAGCCUCUCCCUCUCCUUCUCCAGCGGCGGCGAAUUCAUAUGUCAGCCCCAGAAAAACCCACCACUACCGCGACCGCUAUCAUCCAUCAUUUCCUCACCCUCGGCCGUAACCACAGCAGCUCUACGUCGCCUCAUCUACAGUCGACCAUCCUCUCUCCCGUCCCAUCCUCAACACCACAACCACCCGCAGUAUAUGAGCGACCAUAGAGAAAUGACGAGAUAACAGAAUAAUGACGACAGUUUCGCCGCCCAAACCUUGGGAGCGUGCUGGAUCAACCGCUCCCUCUGGCACAAGCACACCUGUAACCUCUACCGCCAUGACCGCGCCUUCACCCAUGAACGCCUCCUCCACCUCCACCUCGACAGACUCCGCGGCCCCAGCUCUCCCCGACCGACCCUCUACCUUAAACAACGUGGUCAACCAAAAUGCGUCCAACUUUACCAACCAGAACCGGUUUGGCAUGAAUAACACUCCAUAUUCUAGCCCUUACUCGUCAUACUCGUCCCCUUACUCGAGGUUCGGUGGCGGCAUGUAUGGCGGAGGCAUGGGCGGAGGCAUGUACGGAGGCGGGUAUGGGGGAUAUGGCGGCAUGUACGGCAGUGGCAUGUAUGGGGGAUAUGGCAACUAUCCAGGGAUGCCAGGCGACCCGAAUAAUCAGAGUCUGACCCAGACAUGGAAUAACAGCACAGCCGCAACUUUUCAGAUCAUGGAGAGUAUUGUGGGCGCCUUUGGUGGGUUUGCGCAAAUGCUGGAGAGUUCAUACAUGACGACGCGUUCUUCAUUUUUCGCAAUGGUCUCCAUGGCCGAACAACUCGGGAAUCUACGGCAGACCCUGGGCUCAGUUCUUGGAAUCUUCACACUCAUGCGCUGGCUUCGGACCUUGGUCGCAAAACUCACAGGUCGCCCACCGCCGGCCGACGCAACAGCCCUCACGCCCGCGGCCUUUUCAUCCUUCCUCAAUGGCGGCCACAGCUCUACCCCUGCUACACUGCCUGACGGCUCGCCCGCGCCAGCCCGCCCGUCGAGGAAACCGUUCAUAAUGUUCGCCAUCGCGGUCUUCGGCCUGCCCUAUCUCAUGAGCAAGUUAAUCCGCGCCAUGGCCCGCUCUCAAGAAGAAGAAAUGCGCCGGCGCCUGGAAGUUGGGGCGAUGACACAGAUUACGGGCGAGAACGGCGAGCAAAUCCCCAUCGACCCCAAGAAACUCGACUUCUGCCGAGUGUUGUAUGACUACACUCCCACACCACAGUCUGGAGGGAUGGAUCUCGAGGCCAAGAAAGGCGAUUUUGUUGCAGUGCUCUCCAAGACGGACCCCAUGGGCAACGCGAGCGAAUGGUGGAGGUGUCGCGCGCGAGACGGCAAGAUGGGGUACCUCCCAUCUCCCUACCUCGAACCGAUCCAGAGACCCAUACCAAAGGCCACCCCACAAAUCACGGAGGGGAAGGCCACUCCACAGAUGCCGGAAACGGACGAGAUGAUGGCUUCAUACAAACCAAAACUUCUUCGCGACUCGGGCGAAGUAGAGCCUGGGUCUCAGGCCAUAAUGGACGUGCUGGACGAGCGGGACAAGGAGUACAAAGCACGGUAUAACGCGCUGUACGCUCCGGCGACAAAGAAGAAGCCUACCCCCACCCCAGCCGAGGCGGCCGUUGACGUUAAAGGACCGAAGAUGGACAGCAGACCAGGUGACAUUUCCGCAGAAAGUUUCCAGAAGAGCGCCUUUUAUUCUUGAAGCAAGCCAUUGGAGCGGGAGGGGGGGAACAAAAAAACGGCAGGGGGAAUGUACGGACGACACCGGUGUUUUGCUCGAGGGUUGUUUUUGUCCUGAUGUGCCUCCAAACAACCGAUAUCCUUGAAGUUGCUCAGCAGGAGUUUAUCCAUAUAAUUGGAAAAAAGAGACCGUUUUUUCUUCA